GUCAUGUGACGACAGUAGGAAAUCGCUAAAAUGGCAGACGACACAAUAGUGAGGUGUCUGUUGUGCUGCUUUUGUGCACUUGUGAUUCCUACAGCAGUCACCAUUGCCUCUGAACCUACUCAGAUUUGUGGUGCUCCUAACUAUGAUGUGAGGAAUCUGACUGCAAGGGUUUGGAAGUUUAUGGUCCCAAGCACCUUCUGCCUGCGAACUCAAAAUGGCUCAGUACCAGAUGAUGGAUGUGAAAUUCAGAUGGCAUUCUGUCGUAAUCUUAAUGAAUCAAGAAACUGUUCCUCAGCUAGUGUAUGUGAAAACUACAAUGUUGCAAGUGAACAGUUCACAUACAAGCUUGGCUCAUAUGUGCAACAGCCAUUUAACGUAACAGGUGAAGUUGUGGGACAAGGGUUUCAUGUCAGUAGUGGUGAUGGACAGAAUUAUACAGACAGCGAAAACAAGACAUGCACCCUAAAAACAGUUAUGACAUUUAUUUGUAAUAAGUCUGCCAUAUGGGAGAAAGGCAAUUCUGAAGGGCCAACUACUGUUCCCAUAAAUCCAAACAUCAUGUUUGAUCCUGCAACUUGUUUGUAUAAUUUUACCUUUCAUUUUGCUGGUGCCUGCCCUUUAACUUCACCUUCAACACCUGUCCACACACUCAGUCCAGGCAGUGUUUUGUUACUCAUCUUUUUCGUUUCCCUCAUUGUAUAUUUUGCACUGGGAUCACUUGUGAACACGGCAAGAGGAAAACAUGGUCAAGAAAUAAUACCUCAUAAUAAAUUUUGGACAUCCUUACCUGUCUACGUUGCUGAUGGUUGUGAGUACAGCUUGUCUUGUGGAAGAAGGCAGGGAGGACAGAAAUAUGAAAGCAUCUAACAUUUUUAUGUGCUUUUGUUUAAGUUUUUUCAAGUAUGUAUCAUAUGUAAAAGCUCUGAUCAUCUGAUAUACCUUAAUAAAUAGCAUAGGUUGUCAGGCACACAUGGCAUAAAGAGUAGUUUCCAAAAACAGUUUUGUUACUUGUUUUUUAGGACUUUCAUUAAAAGCUGUAAAAAGCUUCUGGAUUUACUUGAAAGAAGUAAUCAAAUCAUUUUGUUGCUUAGAUUGUACCCACCAAUAUUUGCUUUAUAUAGAAGGAAAUCAUAGUUGAGUACAUCAGAUAGUCCUUAGUCCUUUUGAAUUAUCUGGUGAACUGGUGAAACCUUUCUUGCUCACCUAAUUUCCUUGGUUCCCAACUAAAAUUGUCAAUACAUACAUCAAUUUUCCAAGUUAGCUAUAUAUUAAUAGGAUAUUGUCUUGGAAUUCUGUGUUUCAAUGUGAUAUAUUAUUUCUUUGGUUGAAUAGGUCUUUAAAAGCUAGGAAUCAUUGUGAAUUUUGUAGUAACUUGCUUCUUUAGUCAAACUGUUUUAUUAAGCCUGUUUUUGCCUCUAUAAUUGUUGCAGAUUAACAGCGUUUUGUCCAUUUUCAGGACUAAGUCAUAAGAAAAAUUGUUAACCACUUGUAACAAGUUUGGUUGUUAUUGGGUGGGUGGUGAGGAAGCAGGAAUACAAAGGCAUGAGUGCUUUGAAUUUAUUCUUGUUACACAUGAUCACAUUACAGUAGUGUGUGGUAUGAGGCAUACAGCCUUGAUGUUUUGAGAAGCUUUGAAUCCUUUUUCCUGCUGCUUUAUAUAUUAAAAUAUUGCAUGUUUAUCUACUUAAUUUAAUGUAUUGAAAGUGUGCCUUAUAUUUGCAAACUUUUCAUAGUCUAGAAAUCUGAAAGCAUGCAGAUAUGGUCAUAUGUAUAUUGUGACUUUUUCUAGAUAAUAACAUUUAAUAUUUCGUUAUUUGCAAAAUAGCUGUGAUAGUAAUUGUAUGUUAAUUCAAUGCCACUUACAGGAGGCAUGACUCAUACACACACACACAAAAAUCCAUAUAACAUAGUUUUUUCAUUAUUUUUAAUUCAUAGAUUGAUUUUUUUUUACCUUGGCAUUUGGUUGAUCAUAUCAGGGUUAGGGUUAGGAAAUGUGUUAUAGACCUAGAUACCAUUCUAUUAUAUUUUCUUGGAUUGUAGUCUAUCAAAUCAUUUAAAAGUUACAGACCUAGAUGUGGUUCUAGAUUCAAACUGUAAAAGCUGCAUUAAUUGCAAAAGCCACAAGCUAAUCUGUUUUCUUUAUGGCAAUAUAUCAGUUCAUGAAACCACAACACAUUAAAAUAUGGAGUUGAUAUCUGCAUGUUGUAAGCAUUUAAUGCUUAUUAUAAUCACAAGAUGUGAAUCACAUAUAAAAAGAUGAUUGUAGGUUGUCUUUUACAGCAGAAAAGCAUGCCCAAUUUUAUUCAUUAUUUUAUUCACACAUCAAUAAAGAAAGCCAUUAUACUUAAUACUUAUAUUGUUGAAUAAUCCUGAAAAAACUGUGCUAGCAUAUAUAAAAAUAUAUAAUCAUGCUUAUUAUGAAAUUAUAUAACAUAUGUAAUAACCUGUUUAAACAUUGUCAACAUAUCUGUUUAUAUGCCAUGGUGCUGAUUAGAUAUAUUGUUUAUUAAUCUAUACUUUUCUUAGCACCCUAAAGACAACACAUAUAUUUAAUGUGUAAUUGGCUGUCAUUGUCAUUGUCAGACAUUACAUCUUUGAUAAAUGAGUUUUUCAAAUUGGUGAAAUCAAAAGUUGAUGAAUUUAACACAUGGUGAGAAAUCUAAUUAUGAGUGAGAUAAGGUUGUAUUUUUGCCAUCAUGUCAAAAUGAGAUAUUUAUUUUUUUAUAUUACACAUAUUUGUUUUAUCUGUACACAAAAGAGGAAUGUCUUUUUUGUGUGGUUGACAUAUUUUAAUGCCAGCUGCUGCAUAUUGAAAUACGAGGGUGUUUUUCUUGUAUCUGAUUUUUUUUGUAACUUUCCUGGGAUCACAGGUGUGCCCAUGCAUGAGAUAGAGAGACUUGGAAGCUGUGAAUGACAGACAUAUUUAUUCAUUUAAGUGAGGUGUUCUCCAAAAUGGUGGACUUAACAUUGCAGCAAAAUAUUGAUCAAAUUUCAAAUACUUCAAUCAUGAAUUUAAGCAAUUUUCUUUUGAACAUGACUGCAUCUAAACUCUAAUUUGGUCUUUUUUUUCAAUGAUGAUGAUAAUAAUAAUAAUGGUAAUAAUCAGAGAACUUAUAUGGUGCUGUUCCCCAAUCAAACCCAUGAUCCCGGUACUUUACAAAACUAUUUAAAUGUUUACUAACAAAACGUGUUCUAUGCGUUACCACUUUAACCUGACAAAGCCAAGUAAUAAAUUAUAAGGUCUUCAUCAACAAAGUAGAAAAUAAACUUGGUCCUGCAGUUCAUUCAUGUGCAUGGUGGGCUGCUAUAUGUUUGUUACAUACUUUGUUGGUAGGCUCCUGCUUUCAUUCAAUUCACAAUUGAAGCAUAAUAUUUUGAACGAAAUAAUCAUUUUCUCAAAAAGAAACCAUCUUUAAAAAUGCAAUUAUUCACCAAUAGUUUAGUUAGUUUAUUCCUUAAUUGUUGCUCCUUUGAGGAGCAUAGGGCCACAACAACACCUCUCCAGAUUUCUUUUAUUUUAAGAAGAUUGAGGGGUACGUACAGUAUUAGAAAGUGCAUUCAGUUUCAGUUUGUCGUGUUAGCAGAUGUCGGUGAAGUUUUUUUCCAAAAGAUUAAUUUUGCAAGCCUGGAAAACAUUUUAAUGGUUAUUUGGAAGAGUUAUUACAAUAUGAAAAAUUUUCUCGUGAACAUUAACCUGUAAGAAAAUCUUGUAAUGGCAUCAACAAAUAUCUUCAUUUAAGGGUUUUGAAUGUCAAAAGGUUCACAUCUAAUUUUUAAUUGCAUUUCCAUUGCAAUCACAGGCUGACCUACAGUCUAGAAUGUCUGUGCAGGUGUUUGAAUUAUUUGCAACUCUAUGUUCAUGUACCAUGCCUGGAGCAUCCAUUCUGAAGGACAGGUGUGCCUCAAAUCACGAACUUGUAUUAUUGGACUGCUGGCAGACAAUUUUUUCCAGUUUAACUGCUAAAACGAGGCAUUAGACGACAAAGCUUCCGGUUUAUUCACAUUCUUUGUUUAGGCUCGCCAAGACUAACAGCGGAUCACUUCGCAUGAGGGUAAAUGUUGGUCUUGGCAGACAGACAGCUAUACACGUCCAUGCUCAAAUGAAUUGCUGCUGCUAUUUUUGUUCUUGGCAUGACACUUGAUUGUGUAAAAUGUGUCAAAAAAGACUUUGUAAUUUUGUCAGUAUGUUUACAGAGGUAAAUAUAACUAUGUCUACAUCAGCAGUGUAUAUAAUCACAAAAUUUAUUGCAAGUGAAAGGAUCCAUUCAGCAUGGUCACAUAAGGGACCCACAACGAAGUUUACACUCCUCUUAACCCCUCAACCCCCACCCUCCACACAAAACGCAGAUAGAUGUGCAUACAGUGUGCGUGCCCAUAUAAGUAGAUGGAGCACAAACAAUUAGGAAGUUUUCAUUUUCCAAAAAGUGUACUGAUGUCAGUGUUUAUAACUGUGCAAAAAUAAACAGUUUCAUCAAGCAAA